AUGGCCGACCGCCGAUCCCCGUCCGCCUCCACCACCAUUGCCCGCUGGUCGUCGCUCGCCGUCGCCCGCCUGCCGUCGCCCAUCGUCGUUGAUUGGCGAAGACGGUGGCCUGCUGUGACGAUCGACGGUGGCGGCGGCAGCUGGUUGCCGAUGGCUGCCGCAAACUCCGGCAGAGUUAUCUUUGUCGCUUUACUACUGUCGAGCACUAGAGCAAACUGUGACGAUUCUCUACAUGCCAUCAAGGGGAGCAACUGCUUGGAGAGUGAAAGAAGAGCUUUAUUUGCCAUCAAGAGUGACAUGUAUGAUCCUGGCGAGUGGUUGUCUUCAUGGACUGGCUAUGAUUGCUGCAAGUGGAGAGGAGUUGCUUGCGACAAUGUUACUGGUUUUGUCACUAGUCUUGACCUUCACUAUCCCUAUGAAUAUAAUCCAUGGGUGGAGAUUAGUAGCAACCCCUAUGGAUAUUAUCUUUGGGCGGAGAUUGAUUUCUAUCCCUAUGAUUAUAAUCCAUGGGUAGUGGAGCGUAUUGGUGCGAGCAAGGUAAAUCCUUCUCUGUUUGAACUGAAGCAUUUGAGAUACUUGGAUUUGAGCUUUAAUAACUUCUCAUAUGCACAUGUGCCUCCCAUGAUUGCCUCACUUGUGCACUUGGAAUACCUUAACCUCUCCAAUGCCUUUUUUUAUGGAUUAAUUCCUCCUGUAUUAGGGAAUCUUUCCCACAUACAACACCUUGACCUUGGAAAUUAUUAUACAUAUCCAAGUACUCUAUUCUCAAACAACUUGAGUUGGCUCUCCAACUUAAAUUCUCUACAAUAUCUCGACAUGAGUUGUGUCAACCUCUCUAAAGCAACCAAUUGGCUCCACCAAAUUAAUUUGAUUCCUACUCUACAAGUGUUGCUUUUGGAGGGUGCAAGUCUCCCGCGUGUCUCACCUUCCUUACCCACAUUUAAUCUCACAUCCCUCACCAUGCUCGAUCUCAGUGGGUAUGAAUGGAACAUCAGCGCUUCCAUGUUGAGGUGGUUGUCUAAUGCCAGUAAUCUUGAACGCCUCGAUAUAUCUGGAUGCUGGAGGGUGUUUGAUGCCGAGGCACUUUCAGUUGCUUUGGGAUCUCUACAUAAUUUGAGGAAGCUAGUUUUGGUCGAAACUCAAAUAGCAGGGCAAUUUUCUACAAUUCUGAAGAAUGUUAGCAGAAUGUUGCAAUAUUUAGAUUUGCGAUGGAAUUUCUUAUUAUCUGGAGAAAUUUCAACAAUUUUGUCGAUCCUUCCGCGCCGACUCGAGUUCUUAGCUUUAGACAGUAAUAACAUCUAUGGGAGAAUCCCAGAGAUGUUAGGGAAUUACACAAGCUUGAGACACUUGAGUAUGUCCUACACUCGAAUAACUGGAGAUAUUCCAAGAACAAUAGGGAAACUUAUCCAUUUGGAGUAUCUUGAUUUGUCUAGAAAUGAUAUAACAGGAGAGAUGCCAUUGAACGUAAGAAACCUUACAAACUUGGAAGCUCUAUAUUUGAUCGAAACCAACAUCACAGGAUCGAUACCAGAGUCUCUUGGUAAUGUUAUUUCCUUGAAGUAUUUGGGUUUGUUUGGAAAUAAGAUUACUGGAGAAAUACCAAAAACUUUGGGGAGUCUUCAAAAUAUGCUAAUAUUAGAUUUACAAGGCAACUUUCUCACUGGGCAAAUACCAACAACGAUUGGUAGAAUUUCCAACCUACGUUAUUUGGAUAUAUCAAUGAACCACUUAACUGGAGAAAUACCAACAACGAUUGGUAGAAUUUUCAACCUACGUUAUUUGGAUGUAUCAAAGAACCACUUAACUGGAGAAAUACCAACAACUAUUGGUAGAAUUUCCAACUUGUGGUAUUUGGAUGUAUCAGAGAAUAACUUAAUUGGAGAAAUACCAAAGACUUUUGGCCGCCUAUGCAACCUAUGGAUGCUAGAUCUGUCAUUAAACAAUAUCAUCGGAGAGUUAGCAGAUCUACUUGAUGGCUUAUCUAAUUGUCCACAAGGAGCAACGUUAUCAUCCUUAAGCAUUGACGACAAUAAUAUGAGUGGAAGUAUUCCAUCCAACCUUGGACUGUUAGCUCACUUACAGGAACUGGACCUCUCCUCAAAUUCUCUACAAGGACAUUUCAGGGCUAUGUUUCAAGAUUAUACCAAUUCUAACCCAUGCCAUGAUAAUAAUCUUCAAUGUGCAAUGGCACCUAUGGGCUCUUAUAGACCAAAGGAUAAGAUCCUAAUAACUGCCAAAGGAUCAACCUAUGAAUACAUUAGAAUUCUCUCCCUCGUGACCAGCAUAGACCUAUCGCAUAAUAAUCUUUCUGGUGAAAUCCCAAACGAGCUAAUGAUGCUUCGUGAUUUGCACUUCCUGAGCUUGUCCAACAAUCACUUGACUGGUACAAUUCCUGAAAACAUUGCCGUUUUGACAGAGUUAUUUUCCCUUGACUUGUCAAUGAACAAUCUCACUGGCACAAUUCCCUCCAACUUAUCUGCUCUAAACUUUCUCAGUCACUUGAAUCUCUCUUUCAAUAACUUGUCCGGAAGAAUCCCAACCGGGAAUCAAUUUUUAACCUUCGAUGACCCUGCGAUAUACGCUGGCAACAAGGACCUUUGUGGUUGGCCACUACCCGAGUGUCCUAGUGAUGAAGCCCAGCGAGGUCCACUUCAUGCAAAAGAUGAUGAUGAUGGUAAUGGCAGCAAGCUUGAAAAAGUUCUGGAUUAUGCCUUCAUUGCUAUGGGAUUUAUAAUCGGAUUUUGGGCAUAUUGGGGCGCAAUGAUCAUGAAAAAGUCCAUCAGAAUUGCUCUCUUCCAGAUGGCGGACAGGAUUUACGACUGGAUCUAUGUUCAACUCGCAGUGAAGUUUGGAAGGUGA